AAAGACAAGCCACUCGAACGGGAGUGGGAAAGCGCUUAAUCGGUUCCAUUUUUAUUUUCUGGUGCAGCUAAUCUUUAAUUACGUGUACAGAUUUUAACGUACGUAGGCAAAGGUCUUGAAGAGCUCAAAAUGGGAGUGCCAAAGUUUUUCCGCUACAUGAGCGAACGGUAUCCUUGCUUAAGCGAGCUGCUGAGGGAAAACCAGGUGCCCGAAUUCGACAACUUGUAUUUGGAUAUGAACGGAAUCAUACACAACUGCUCCCACCCGAACGAUGCGGACGUGCACUUUCGGAUUUCGGAGGAAAUGAUUUUUGAAGGCAUCUUUCACUACGUGGAGUAUCUGUUCAAACUGAUUCGACCGCAGCAAGUGUUCUUCAUCGCUGUCGACGGUGUGGCACCGCGCGCUAAAAUGAACCAACAGCGUGGACGUCGCUUCCGUUCGGCGGCUGAGGCUCAGGACCUGCUAGAAAAGGCUAAGGCGAAGGGAGAAGAGAUCUCUUCGGAAAGCCCGUUUGACAGCAACUGCAUAACACCGGGGACUAGCUUUAUGGUUAGGCUGCAGAAUGCUCUGCAACACUUCAUACAGGUGAAAAUAGCGACCGAUCGUCUGUGGAAAGCUUGUACGGUCAUCCUUAGUGGUCACGAGACGCCAGGCGAGGGAGAACACAAAAUAAUGGAGUACAUCAGGCACGCGAAGGCUCAGCCCGGGUUUAACCCAAACACGCGGCACUGUCUGUAUGGCUUGGACGCGGAUUUAAUCAUGCUUGGACUGUGCACACACGAGCGCUACUUCUCGCUCCUAAGGGAAGAAGUAAAAUUUGGCAAAAAUGACAAAAAAACGUCAAAUUUAAAAGAGAUCCGGUUCUACUUGCUUCAUCUGACGCUACUUAGUGAAUAUCUUGAACUGGAAUUCGCCAGCGUUCGCGAUCGGCUGCGGUUCCCGUUCGACAUUCACAAGCUCAUCGACGACUGGAUACUGCUGGUGUAUUUGGUGGGGAAUGAUUUCAUUCCUCAUAUGCCACACCUGCACAUCAACGAAAAUGCGCUUCCAACACUGUAUGAAGCUUACAUGGACGUAUUGCCGAACAUGGAUGGCUACAUAAACGAGGCUGGAAUAUUGAAUUUACCUCGGCUGCAAAUGCUUAUGAGACGGCUUGCUAAUUUCGAUCGGGAUAUGUUUCUCGAUCGUUACACCGACCUAAAGUAUUUGGAGGGAAAGUGCGGCAAAAAUAACUUGGAUGCUUUUGACGUCGACGCGAAUGAGAUAAUCGGGGCGAGCGAGAUGGACAAGGACUUGAUGGCACUGAUUAUGUCAUCGGAAAUGCUGGACUCCGAGGGAGAAGACAAUGCAGCACCGGUGACACUGGGGGACAUCGAAAAUGACCCUGAAUUAUUUGAACAAGAAUUUAAGAACUACAAACGAAACUACUACAUGAGCAAGAUGGGAUACGCGGAUUUCACUGAGGAGGUGCGGGCAGAGCAGGCCGAAUGCUACAUUCGAGCCUUACAAUGGACGCUCCAUUACUAUUACCGAGGCGUAGUAUCAUGGUCAUGGUACUAUCCUCAUCAUUAUGCUCCGUUCAUUAGUGAUGUCGACAAUUUUGCACAUCUGAAGCUAGACUAUGAGCUGGCGAGACCGUUUUUGCCGUUCCAGCAGUUGCUCAGUGUGCUGCCCGCAGCCAGCAAACAACAUUUGCCGUCCGCGUACCACCAACUGAUGACCGAUCCCAACAGCUCGGUGUAUGAUUUUUACCCGGUCAAUUUCGCCACAGAUUUGAACGGCAAGCAGCAAGCGUGGGAAGCGGUCGUACUGAUUCCAUUCAUCGACGAAAAGCGUCUGCUUAAGGCGAUGGGUCCGUGUGAUGCGUUUUUGACGGACGAGGAAAAGCAGCGGAACGUGCAUGGACCCAUGUUGAAGUAUCAGUACGAUACCAAGCAGCAUGCACCCCUGGAGGCAAAGUAUGGAUUUGAUCGCGUUGACGAGCUGCAUGUGAAAUGUAGCGAAAUAUGGCGAGACGAUCUGCGCGUUGCAGAAAACAGACUAGUUUUAGGACCAUCGCAGGGCGCAGUGCUGCACGGGUAUGCGAAAGGAUUUCCCACCUUUGCACAUUUGCCGUAUCAUGGCGAGUUGAAGGAAUUACGGGUAAAGAUUUUUAACUUUGCCAGUAAAAAUGAAAGUAUGGUUGUUGUGCUAGAUACGCCCGAUGGACAGUCAUCAGACACUGCCGAGCUGGCAAAAGAGCUCCUAGGAAAGGUGGUACACGUUAGUUGGCCACACCUCAUGGAAGCCAUUGUGGUACGGGUGUCGGAUCGAUCUAAGACGUACGAACGUAACAGCGAACCGUUGCCGACUGACGAACGAUCAUUCAACAUGUGGUGCAGAUCGAUUAUUGAGCACAACAACAACCGGCUCGCUAUAAACGUGGGUACGAUUAAACAGCUAGUGCACGUAAGGAUCGCUGUAGGCACGGAGUAUGUGCUAAAGGACAAUGGUUUCGUGCUGAAGAAACUGUGGAACACCAUCGAUACGGCAUAUCCAGCUCAGACCAUUAUUCAAGACCUGCAAGAUAUUAUGGCCAAGCAAAAACCGUACAUUGAGAUGGAGGAAAUGUUCCCGCGAGAAAGCGUCGUGUUUUUACGUGCCACAGAAUUUUACGGCAGUAUGGGCAAUGUGGUGGAUGUAUCGGGCUCCACGAAACGGGUGCAGGCACGUUUUCUUGUGUACGAGGAACCCGAUCUGGGGCAGGUAUAUAACGUACAUCGCCAGUCGCUACAGGGCUACCGGAAUGCCAACGAUACCGCGGCAAUGCUCGGUAUCUCGGUUGGUUUGCUGCUGCAGUUGACAGGCUCAAUAUUGGUUGCACCCGGUGGGCAUCGUGCGCUUAACGUGGACGAGAAGUCGUUGAAUAUCGGAUUGCGCCUUCGAAUGAUAUCGAAGGACGAGGAAGCGGUAGGCUACUGUCGAAAAGUAAACAAAACAUGGUUAUUUUCCGACAAAACCGUGAAGUUGAUGCAGCAAUACAUGGAACGAGCUCCCGGACUCUUUGAAAAGCUUGAUUGCUCUCGUAAAACGAACGUUCACUUUGAGACGGAUCUGUUCGGCGAAGGGAACGAAGGGAAGCUGCAGGAGCUGUACGACUGGUUGAAGGUGCAGGAACACGUGAAUUCCGAAAGGCGCAGCUGCGGAAUCAUACUGCUGGAAGAGAAAGCAAUAGAAGCUCUAGCCGAGACCAUUGACAAGUACCAAACAUUGCAUCAACCCAAGGUGCAGACCAUGUUUGUCGAUCCGAAAGAGCUGUAUCGGCCAGGGAUGAAAAACGCGAAAAUGAUCGAUCCGUCGGCGCAUUUUGAGUUGCUGGAUCGUAUAAUUGUGGUGCAGGAAAAAGAAGAUGUACCGGUAGGUGCACGAGGCACCAUUAUCGGGAUACACCGCGUAUCGGACCCCAAUCCUGUGCGACGCGAAGCGAUUGGACAGGAGGAUACAAACUUUGAGGUGCUUUUCGAUAAACCUUUCUACAAGGGCGUUGAUAUUUACAACAUAUCUAGUACCGAGAAGCGGGUGCUAAGACUAUCGCAAAGUGUCAUUAUGAACAUUUCCCACGGCAAAGCAUCCGCUGGAUAUCGAUACAAAGUAUCAGUGGACAGGAGCAAUGCCGUACGAAAAGAAACGCCAGCAGCGACUGAAGGCAGAAGCGCAAACAAAUCUAUGGCAACGGCGGAAUCGAUUCAAAGGCGUGUAAAUGAACGCAUCGGUAAGCGUAGUAACGCAAUGAACAAUGUAUCUCUCGCCGGUACAUCGGCUACCCGGCCGACUGAGCAAAACGUCAUGCAGCAGAAGGACGGCGACCAGCAGCGAAAAAUCGAGUUCGAGCGCUUGUGGAGAAAGCUGAAGGAAUCUCCAAAGGCUCCGGGCGAACUGUUUGAUGCAAUGGACAUACAAAACAUUGUGCAGGCUCCACCCGCGGAGAAAAGCUCCUGGCGCCGAAAACCCGAGGAUGAUGCUACUCUCCCGAAGAAGGAUGGCGAACAAUGGAAUGGAGAUAAUAUGACAGGAUAUUUGAAGCAAAUGUUACGCAUCGACGAAAAAGCUGGAAGCGAAAAGGCGAGCGAGAAAAGUGUAAACCCUGCAAGUAUUGCCGUGCCCGCCCCAGCUAGUUUGCCGAAACCACCGAUUCAGUGGCAAACGCAAGCCGCUUCAAAGAGUCCGGCAAAGGGACCGACAGCGGUUCCUUUGACGGAAGUAAAUGAAACAACGAAAAAUAACACUAACAACACAGCGAACCAAUUUAUUGCACAAUAUAUGAAAACUCCACAGCCACAAAUGGCUUCCAUGGCACAACCGAUGCACCUCGGCUUCAGACCGAUGCUCCGUCCGCCAACGCACACGUUUGAUCCGCGACAUCCACAGCCACAGUUCGGGCCUAUGAUUAUGCAACCAGUAUUUAUGCAGACGGGUACGAACAUGCACCAGUCCAUGGGAGCAUUCCAGCAGCCAGCUAUGCCACCAUUUCCCCAGAACAUGCCAAUGCGACCACCGGUACCGUUCCCUAACAGAAUGGAAAACAAUGUACCGUUUCCGCCACACGGGCAUGGAUUGAACAAUGCGCCAGCAAAGAUGAUGGUACAGCAGCAGCCUCAGCAGCAGCAGCAACAACAUCAACAGCUACAUCAUCAACAGAAGCAACAGCAUCAAGUACAACCACACUAUCCCUCCAACUGGGGCCCAAAAGGGCCGCAGCAUUUGUCAUACAACAAGAACAAUCCUGCCGGUAAUGGUGCUUUUGUGCCAUUGCAGGCAAUGAAAAAGACAGCUAAGGGCAAAUCGGGAGGAGGAAGCGGUAGUGCUAACUAUAGCAACGUUAGUAAUGUGGCAGCAGCAGCAGCUAGUGAGACUUUGAAUAGCCAGAAUGUCAAAAAUCAGCCCGCGCCACCAUCAAAAACCAACGGGCAAACUACCGGCGGCUUUAAUGAGAAAAAUGCUCGCCGAAGGCAGGAGGUGGAACAAAAGCAAGCGGAAGUUAAGCAGGGCUUUGCCACUUUCCUUUCUCAAAAGUCGGACACAAAGCAACAAAAAAAUAAGCACAACAGCAACACGUCGACGGCAAAGAAGCAGUCCACGGUGGUGACGGCUGUGAAGGACCAGGAUGGUCAGAUUGAGGACACUUCUGUCGUGAAGCAAGCUCCUUCUAAAUCCAAGCCGAAGACACGCAUUGCCGCACGGUUCGGAGUUGCUUCCGAGGGCUAAGCCGCCAAAAGGACGUUAGUGUUAGUAUGUAUGUACGUAAACCCCGUAUACCAAUAGGAGUGUUUUAGCAUUGUUUUUGAGCGCAACGUACUCGAGUUUGGGUGUGUUGUUCAAUCAAUUCCUUCAUUUCGGUAUACAACAACAAUGGUUCUAAAGUUUACGUACCUACUGUAAAAAGACGGCAACGUAUUUUGAACUAUGUACAAACGAAUAGCAGAUUUAUUUAUGAAUUGAUUACGAGGAAUUAUCUGUGCUGGGAAAGGGCAGAAGAGUUUUGCCGAAGCGUACAAAAGUUCUGAGGACAGAGAUACCAAAUAAACUCUCCGGAAACGGAAAACCCGGAACGAUUGGGCAACAUA